AUUAUUAUUAUUUUUUUAGCAAAACGAGAUAGACACUAUUUUUUUUUUUUGAAAGAGAGAGGAAGACUUGAAUUGGGCUCUAUUUAUCUCUUUAUUUGAGCCCAGCUAUCAAACCCUAAAACCCUUCUGAAUCUUUGAUCGUCCUUUUCACAAAAUCACGGCUACCAGCAGAGAAGAGGUGAAUAGAGCCACACAGAGAUAGCCAUGGCAGACAAGGCGGUAACCAUCCGUACUAGGAAAUUCAUGACAAAUCGUCUUCUAUCUAGAAAGCAAUUCGUCAUUGAUGUUCUACAUCCAGGGAGAGCUAAUGUUUCUAAGGUAGAGUUGAAGGAGAAGCUUGCAAGGAUGUAUGAGGUGAAGGAUCCAAAUGCAAUCUUUGUUUUUAAGUUCCGCACACAUUUUGGAGGGGGUAAAUCAACCGGUUUUGGAUUGAUAUACGAUUCUGUGGAAAAUGCAAAAAAGUAUGAGCCAAAGUAUAGGCUUGUCAGGAACGGACUAGAUACUAAGGUUGAAAGGUCGAGGAAACAGAUGAAGGAAAGAAAGAACAGAGCUAAGAAAAUCCGCGGAGUAAAGAAGACCAAGGCAGGUGAUGCAGCUAAGAAGAAGUGAGGUUCUGCAUAAAUUUUGGCUCCAUGUUUUGCAGAUUUUUUCUUCAUUACAUUGUUUUUUUCAUCUUACGUUUGCUUGUUAAACUUGGACAAAAGUUUUGGGAAAUUCAACUUUGAGAACUUUUAUUUUC